GACCGAAUUAAAAAAAUAAACAACCGUUUACGUGCAGUCAUGAAUGGAAAGGGAGAAAAAAGGGAAAAGGUCAGAAAAACUCAGGGUAAAGGAAAAAGAAAGAAAAAAAAGAAAGAGGAAAAAAUCUAAAUCAAUACAUCCCCCAGUGAACACAGGAGGUGCACCACCAAUUGCACAAACAACAAUAUUCACACAAAUCUGCAGUCAUUUGACUGCAGCCAUGCUGGAGCACUGCCUUAAAGGGUUUUAGUGAAAGAAACCAACCCCAGGACUUAUUCUUCUUUUGACAAGCCUGUGACAUGGAUUCCUCUCAGGAUGGUGAAUCUUUUCCAAAUUGGGAUUUACUUCCUGAACAUUUACUUCUUCACAUCUUCUGCUAUCUUUCGGCACAGAGCGUCCUCAAUUGCUCCCAAAUGUGCACAAAGUGGUUGCGCAUCGCAUAUGAUGAAUUGCUCUGGAAGAAGCUUUUCUAUGCAGAGUGGAACAUUAACCGAGAUGUUGCCAUGUCUCCUGGCAAGAAGUCUUGGAUGGAGGAAUACAGACGUCUCUUAUACCACACACCCUCUGUUGAAAGUGAAGUUCUCAAGCAGCACAAUGACCAAGUUCUGCAUGUCAGCUUUUCUCAUGAUGGUUCCAUGUUUUCAACUUGUUCCAAGGAUGGUUAUGUGAAGGUGUGGUAUUCUUCCAAUCCUGUAACUUUAAGAUAUAAAUAUAACAUGAAGAACCUGACCUGGAAGUACACUCAGUUUUCUCAGUUUAAUGAAACGAAUACACUUUUGUUGGUGUCUGGAGUUUACUUUGGUGAAAUGAGCACUUCUGGAGAGAUAGCAGUUUUCAGCCUUACUGAUGAAUUUCAAUUACAGUGUCGUGUUUUGAAUAAACCUUAUGAUGUUUUUGGUACUUGGUACAAUUCAAGCUAUUUACUCUCUGGUCAUCUGCACUGGUUUGGUCCUGUACAGUCCUAUUGUGAUAUCUGGCUGAACAAAGCAUUUCAAGCAACUGACUCUGAACACGAGUCUGUUGUGAUGCUGAUGUACCGUUUCAAAAAUAUAAAUGCUAGUUCUAUUCGAGCUAUUAUGAUUGCAAACUGUAUGACAGAGGAUGAAAGUCAUUCUAGUGAAGAUUUAACUGCAAAUAACAGUACAGACGAUCAAGCAGAAGCUUUUAGUGAAAAAGAUGUUGAUUUGAGUGGUAAAAAUCCUAAAAACUCUGUUCCUUUACGGGUCUCAUCAUGUACAAGGGUUUCUAAUUGUCCUAAUUGCAAUAAAAGACGAGCUGAUAAAAUAUCUCAACAGAAGGCCACAUGUACAAAUGGUGAGCAAACUAAACGUAGCUGCAAGAAUCUUCAAUGUAUUAAUUUAAUUCAAAAUAGAAAACUUCAGAAUCAUAUGCUGGCAGUUUCUAAUGAUGACGUUGAGGAUAAAAAUACAAUUGAUUCUAGUGAAGAUUACCAAAAUACAGAAGCCACAAGAUUUGAUGAUUUAGACUCUGAUAUUUCUGAUACAUUAGUAAUGAAUUCUUCUGAUUCUGAAGAAUGUUUAUGUAUGUCUGACUGUUCUGGAGCUUCUUUAAGCAACAGUAAUCGCUGCAACAGCAGUACAAACAAUGAAUUAUUUGAAUCUAAACCUCUUGAAGAAAAAUUAAAUAACGAUAAAGAUUCAGAUAAAUGUUCUAUGCCUGGUUGUGUUCGAGAUCCAAGAAGCUGUUCUGCUGGAGUAUGGAUUCCCAAAAGAAAUACAAAUAUCCGCAAGAAUUUAAGGUUUUCAUCUGCUACAACUUCACUGAAAGAUAUAGAAGAAAUAUCUAAGAAGGCUAGUGACUCAAAGGAAAACUCAAAAGUUCAUGACAAAUACCUUAUUUUUACAACGGGUUCUAAAACUUACACACCUCAUCAGAUUGGUAUUAAAAAAAUUCAUUCUCUUGAAGCUGUACAUUAUGAAAAUGUGGAAGAGUCUGAAGAUGGUGUAAGGUUGCUCCCAAACGUGGAAGACAAUCAACCAGGAUCCCCUCACAAGUUUGACGAAGUCGAUCAUCUUAUCGAACUUGAUGGCCAUAUUAUUGGCAUGUGUUUGUCACCUGACCAUAGAUAUCUUUAUGUAAACAGCCGGCCCUGGCCUAAAAAUUGUAGCAUUGAAAAUCCACUAACACCACCUCCCAUUGCCCAGGAGAUUGAUAUCCAUGUGAUAGACUUGGUCCACAUGAAGGAAAUGGGCACCAUGCACAGGUCCCAUAAAGCAUACACUCCAAAUGAUGAGUGUUUCUUUAUUUUCCUUGAUGUCUGUGAUGAAUUUGUUGCGAGUGGUGCUGAGGACAAAUUUGGUUAUUUAUGGGAUAGGCACUAUGGUGUUUGCCUCCAAAAGUUCCCACACAAAGAUGUAGUGAACUCUGUUGCAUUUCAUCCUAAAAACCCUGAGAUGUUAGUAACUGUUAGUGAUGACUACACUGUAAAAAUCUGGCGUUCUCGUCAUUUGGAAAAGCUUUGUAAACAGGAAAGAGCUAGCAAUAACAAGGACCAAAUAACACCAGAGUUUGAAUGUAAUCUAACACAGACUGAACAGUUGAAUUCAGAACCACAUUGACCCUAGCAGUCAAAGUCAUACACACAAUGGCAGAAAGACAAGCAGAAACAGAAAAGCUUAAGGCAUAAACAUUUACAAUGAUAUUCAUUUAUUUUAAUCUCAGCUUGGCUGUAUUUUUGCUGGUACAAUAGUUUGUUUCAAACAUUCCUGCUUUAUUUAAACUUAAUGUAUCUCAAUUGUUAAAGAGCCUACCAAUUCAAUCAAAUUUUUUUUCACAUUGCGAAAUGGAAAUCCAACAUAUUUUCAUGAUAGUAUGUUUAGAUAGACAUCCGAUUGAUACAGUGUGUGUGUGUGUGUAUGUGUGUAUAUCUACAUACACACACACACACACACACACACACACACACAUAUAUAUUCACACAAA